AUGAAGGCACCGUUCCCUGUACUCUUCAGAUGCCUGGGCUACGGGCUGAACAGAACACUGGAAGUAGAAGGAGACGCGCUAAUGGGAAUAAAGUUCACCAAGAAUGCUCUCCCUCUCCUGAACAACAACACAAGCAUAAUUGCCACAGAUAGGCCUAUAAGCAUACAGUACAGACUGAAGAUAAGGAAUAUACAUCCUCUUACAAUAGAGUCGGGUGUGCAUGUAGCAGACAUAGGAAUACUGCGCAACAACAAGUACGAAAGUGUCUCAGUGUAUAACAGGCCGAUUGUUCCCGACUUUACUACGCCCUAUCUUGUCUUUGGUAUCUGCGGAGGUGUUAUUGUGUGCAUAAUGAGUGCAUUCAGCAAAGUUUUGCUGCGUUUAAUAUAA